GCUUCGGCCGCCUGGCUGAGCGCCUGGCCACCGUAGCUGCCCGGUUGGGUGGCUCCGAGCUGGGAGCCGAACUCCGGGAGAUCGUCGUGGAGCUGAGGCGCGAGGUGGAAGCACACGCCUUGGGCACAACAGCAGACUUGCUUGCGGCAGUGGGCCGCGCCAGGGAAGAGCGGGAGGAACUGCGGCUGGCGCUCGCGCAGCAGGCGGCCCUGGCAGCAGAGCGCGAGCUUGAGCUGCGUUUGGAGCUGGAGCAGCUCCAGGAACAGCUUGCGCAGAAGGUGGCCGAGGAAUCGAGGCCAGAGCUUCAGGCGGACGUGCAAGCCCAGAUUGACGAGGCAAGCUGUAGCCGGGCAACAGAUUAG